CUGGAUGCGCGGUUGGGACGACUCGGAAUGACGCGAGUGCCGAUGGUCGGGGAUGGGAAUUGUCAGUUUCGAGCGUUGGCGGCGAAUGCGUUGCGCGACCAGGAGCGCCACGCGGAGAUUAGGGAGUUGGCGACGACGCGCGUGGAGGAGAGACGAGAGGACUUUGAGAUUUAUUUUGAUGGACCGCGCGCCUUGGAUAAGUGGCUGCGGGAGAUGAAACGCGAUAGGACGUGGGGGGAUGAGUUGACGCUUCGCGCGGCGUGCGACGCGUUGGGACAGAAGAUUCACUGCGUCCAGAGCACGCAGAGCAAUUGGUACUUGCUGUACGAACCCGAAGAACUUAAAAGUAAACGGAUGUGCUUCAUCUCGUACGUCUCCCCUGUGCAUUACGACGCGAUC